GAGUUACUAUACUGCACGAUACCGAUCCCGAUCUGGCAGGACGGUGGUACCCUAAAGGGAUCGAGAGGGGCCGUUUGUCCCGGUGUUCAGGAUAUAUAGACACAUCAAUAAUGGCUUUGCUAUUUACCAUGAUUUUUUACUUAGAAGUUAAAAAUAGUCAAAAUGACAACAAUGUCUCAACGUGGAGCACCACUUAUUCUGCCGAAAAUUCAGAUUAAGAAGAAAGCUAUCCGUCCCAGCUCGGCGGCUGCAAAGUUACAGACGCACUCUUCGUUUACAUCGGGACUAUUCGAUGAUGUUGCGCGACCCUCUACAAGUUCUAGCCAUCAGGAAAGCAGAGGAAUUCUUGGGCAAAGGCCUCACACUCAGGCUGGUGGACCAAAGCAACAAUGGCAAAAUCGUCUUAGAGAGCAGCCGAGACCCGAAGACACCAUUAAACAUCAUACACGUCGGUUGACUGUUGGGGCAGUUGAUGGAAUUGCCGAGUCUGAAACAAUUGUAAGGCCGGGUGGACAGAUACAAGGAAAUGUUCAGCAGCAACUUAAAAGCAAGAUUGAGGAAAAGAUCAACAUUGACACCCUUGAAACCCUCAAGCAGGCUUUUGCUGCUGCAGACAGGAAUCAUUCUGGGGAGCUGGAACUUGAUGAGUUCAAGAAGCUACUUAAGGCACAACUUCAUCUGCCUCCCAAUAGGGAAAAUCAGAUCGAUGCAUUGUUCAUGAAGAUUGACUGGUCAUCAGAGGGAUCAAUAACCUGGGAUGAGUUUUGCACUUACAUGCAGCUUGAAUAUGCUGAAAAAGAAGAUUCUUACCUAAGAGCCAAGGAGGUGGUUUUUCAGACACCUGCACGCAUUGAGAACAUACCCCAUCGUGACCCCAUCCUUCGCAUCACAGGCACUUCUGAUGGAACGUUUAUUGCCUGCAGUCAUGAGGGGUAUGUAACUUUCUGGUCAUCCAGUGCAGAGCUGAAGAGGACACGUUGUGUUGUGAACACUGAAAGUACAAGCAGGACAAAACCUAAAUGGAUCACAGAUUUUGUCAUCAUGUCGCACUUCAACAAAAUUAUUGUUGGCACAGGGGACAGAGAAAUCCAGUUUUUUGAACUUUCUUCAUUUGAACCCUACUGUCAGAUUAGUGGACUAGACACCGUACCCCUCAAAUUGGACUACAGUUCGACAGGGUAUGAUGAAUGUCUCAUUUUAUAUGGUGAUACACAAGGCUGUGUCAACAUUCUUAUCAUCAAGUCUGCUGGAGAAUGUCUAAGGACAUGGAAAAAGAUGGUGAAACAUGAGGGAUUUAUCGCCAGCAUUGGUCUGGAUGCAGUUGCAAAUGGACCCAAUGUACAAUUUAUUCGGUGGCAAGUCCAUGAUGACUGGGUGCAGCAGAUCAAGUACUACCAUGAGAUUGGACAAGUCAUCUCUUGCUCUAAUAAUCCCAACAAAGCUCUUGUCAUUGGUUGCACAGUUGGCAGCACACAUGUGGAACAACAGCUGAAGGAGCUGCGUGACCUUGGGUGUGCUGAAAAGGCAAGGUCAAAGACGUACUAUGCUUACAACAAUACUAAAACAAGACUGGAGGCUGACCAGGCUGUUUUUAAAGUUUAUAAAGGUGUCAAAUGCUUUGAUUUUUCCAAGGACAAGAACAUCAUUAUCACUGGAGGCAUGGACAGAAUAAUUCGAUUAUGGAACCCUUAUGUCUCACAUAAACCAACUGCUAUGCUGCGUGGUCACAAUGCUCCAAUAUUCUUCCUGCAUAUUGCUGAUCAGGAUGACCGUAUCUACAGCCUCUCUACUGAUCGUUGUUUAAAGGUAUGGGACAUUCAGGACCAAACUUGUCUGCUGACUGUUCGACCAAAGAGCCACAGAAUCCGUGGGGAUCUUCAGGCAGUGCAUUAUUCUCCUGUUUCCAGAGCAAUUGCUGUGGCAACUGACCAGAUGGCUGUCCUGUGCCUGAGGCACAAGUCAUCAACGCAUUUAGACAUUGUGAUGUCCCAUAAAGACCCAGUCACCUGCUGCAAGUACAAUUCCAGCUUUAAGCAGGUUGUCACAUGUUGCAGUGGAUCAGUAGUAAAACUCUGGGACUUGGAGACAGGUGCCCCAAUCUUUGAAUAUGGUGAUGCUCAUGAUGGCAGUGCCAUUACUUGCAUGACAUUUGACAAUACAUUGCGACGCCUCAUUACUGGUGGCAGAGAUGGUGUCCUAAAGAUCUGGAACUACAACAAUGGACACUGCUUGCGCACACUGAAGAAAAAGACAGAGAACACAGAUUUCAACGAACAGGACAGCAGUCAGAAUGAAAUCUGUGAUCUGACAUACGUAGAAAUGAAUAAAAACAGGUAUGUCAUUUCAGUUGGGUGGGACAGACGCAUCAACAUCUAUUAUGAUUCAGUGGCUGAUAGCAAUAUUCAUCAUGUACAGCAUCCAGUCCCUUAUUGGGCAGAUGACGAGCGAGAUGGUCACAAAGAGGAUGUGUUAGCCAUAGCUCACUGCCUGCCAAACCUCCUAGCUACUGCCAGCUAUGAUGGGGAAAUCAUUGUGUGGAAUAUUGUGUCUGGUCACAUAUUUUGUCAUUUGCGACCCCCUUCACCGCCGGGCUAUGAGGACCAAUCCUUGGAUGGAGACCUAGGGAUUAGCAGACUUCUGUUUCUGAAGACCAGAGCAUACAAGAAGGAUGCUGGUUCACUUGUGGCUAGUGGUCCUCGUGGCCACAUCCACAUAUGGAGUGUGUUCCAGGGUGGUCAGCUACUGGCUCAAUUCCCUGGGUCUAAAGUUCCUGGUGCUAGUGUUAGUGCCAUGGUCACCAACAAAGUCAACACAGUGCUGUAUACAGCAGACAGUCUUGGUUUUGUGUAUGUGUGGGAUAUCAGUACUUAUUGUCUGGAGAAGUCAGCUGAUGGUCCGCCCGAAGUGAUAGCAACAUGGCGGGGUCAUGUGGAGCACAUAACAUGCCUUGAACUUGUGGAACAACACAAGGUGCUGCUAAGUAGUUCUGUGGACUGCACUGUCCGCAUAUGGACAUUUGAUGGGCACUACAUAGGAACAUUUGGUCAGCCUGUUCCAUGGGAUGUAUACAACCCUGCCACCUAUCAGCACCCUAUGGUACCAUAUGAUGUCCUGGUAGAUCCUAUGAGCCUGCCUGUGCAUCCAGUAAUUGCCCAGAGAGAGUCAACCCAUGAGGUCAUUCACCUGGACUCCAAGAAAGAUGGGGAAGACAAACGCAUUCCUUCACCACCACCUCAGUAUGGCAGCAAACAACAGUUUUUCAUCAGUGAUGAGCAGAUAUCGGCCAUGUUGAAAGAACGACCCUUUGAUAAGGCCACAGGCAAAAGACUCCGCCAUGAAAAGAACAAAAGUGAAGUGGAGUGGACAGGCCCUAGUGAAUACCAGAUGCUUCACUGUUAUGACCUGCAAGAAACUCCUCAACCCACCCCACCACAGCUGAAGGUCAACAAAGAAGAACCUUUCAAUUUUUACAUUGAUCAAGUGCAAGAACCCUAAAACUGGAAUUCCACAUCUCUAUAUUUUGUUUACAUUCCAGAUGCAGCCACAGAUAAAGCAAGUAAUCUUUGGUAUUUAGUGGGUGCGAUUGGUAGUCUUUUGUUUAUGAUGUAUCAUAAUAGUGAGACUAUUAAACCAGAUAUAGCUUGGUUUCAAGGAGGUAAGUGGGAAAACAAGACCACAGUUAAUAUGUGUUUGUGUGUCCUAAGUUUAUGAACUGGGUUUGUGGUGCAGGGGCGUGAAAUAAGUGGUUUUGGGGAAGUAUCCUAUGCAAAGUAUUCUCAUUUGUUUGCAGUGACUUUGAGUUUGUUUUUCUAAUAUUGAGCAAUGCUUUUAUUAUAUAUACUUCUUACUGGGAGUAUGUGUGUCUAUAAACAUUUCAGCACAAAAUGUGCCUGUGAACAAUCUUGCACUGUGGAAUCUGCUGGUUUGUUAAUAGGUUAAGGUUAUUUUCUAAAAUUGCCCUUCUGUGAGUCCAUAUUCUAAGGAUUUCGCAGAUUGGUCAGAGGUAUUAUAAAUUUCAGUAUUCCAUUGCAUAUUAUUGUUGUCAUGCAAAAAUAUGAUCUUCGUGUGGAUCCAUUACUGUACCUCUCCCAAAUCAUAUCAGUAUAUGUCGUCUAGGUUAAGGUUAUUUUCUAAAAUUGCCCUUCUGUGAGUCCAUAUUCUAAGGAUAUUGCAGAUUGGUCAGAGGUAUUAUAAAUUUCAGUAUUCCAUUGCAUAUUAUUGUUGUCAUGCAAAAAUAUGAUCUUCGUGUGGAUCCAUUACUGUACCUCUCCCAAAUCAUAUCAGUAUAUGUAAUUUUUCAUGUUGACAAAAUGUGAACUGUGAUAAUCCUUUUUAGAUAAGUUGACUUGAAAGUUACUACUGAUACCUUGUUUAUACUCAUAAAAGUGUUUUCUCUAUGCAUUUUUACCAUUGUGCUGAGGAAUGGAUGAAAAUAAUGCACUGCUUGAAAAGCUGAAUAAUAUUGUUCUGUGCUGAUUGUUUUCCGUUCUUGAGCAGUGUAGAUCCAUUUUGCCAGAUUUAUUUAUAAACUGUGUUUUGUGUUGAAACAAAUGCUUGCAUUCUGUGUUGUUCUGAUGAUUUUGUAACGAUCUUCAUCCUAGCAUCUUGUUUGUGUUUAUCCAUGAAAUUUUGCUGAUUUGCUAUUGGCACUGUUUAAUUGCUGUCAUUUUUUGUUUGGCGAGUACUUUUUCUGAUCAAUGUUUCUUCAGUGUUUUGGUUUGUAGUUUUUCUUCAUAUCUGCAUCUUUCUACUGACUGAACUAGUUUUUACUUUCCUUGGGUUUUGAUGACUAAUGGUGAUUGGUGAUAUGUCUACAGCAAAGUACAAUUGGCCCUUUUGAAUCAUCUCUUUAUCUUUAUCUUUUGUAUAUAAAUUGCUGAGACACUGUUAUGCUUCUACCUUUAUUGUUGUCAUUAAUGAAUUCUCACCCAGUUACACAAAAGCACCUUAGCCACUAUUGUGCCGGUCAUCAAAAAAGACAUCCUUUCAGGAAGUUUGAUGUUUUCAUCUCAGUUCCUGCUGUUUUCUGUUAAACACCAGACUGUACGAAGUGCUUGUCAUGACUCCUUGUUGCAGCUUGACACUUGUCUAAUUUCCUGCAUUGAACAGGUUCAAUCUUAUGUCUGUUGUCUAUUUUUUCUUGGAUCUAACAAUCUCAUCCCACAGCCUCAGUCUGCUUACCAUCUUUUCAUGGCACAGAGAAAGGGUUGCUGAAGGUCAUGACAUUUUGGGUUCGCUGGAUAAGGGGCACAUGUUGAUACCUGCAGCUUGUUAGACCAGUCAGCAGCCUUUGUCACGAUUGAUCAUUCAGUCUUGCUUUGCCACCUCGAUCACUUGUGGCUUUUCAGGGUCUUUUUAUGGCAUUUCAGGCUCUGCUUUAGCAUGGUUUUAUUAGGACCCAGGUCAUACUAAUUGAUAGACAUCCCUCAGCAGUUGUGAUUUUGACCUCUGGUCUGUCAUGAUUGGUAUUAAUGUUUUACAUUUUUACACAAAGGCUGUCUUUAUGCACUGGUUCAUUCUUAUGCUGUCUGCAGUGAAUCCUUUAUUGACAACAACUCUAAACUUCUGUCUCAGAUGGUGUAUACCACAUUACAGAAUUUAGAAUUGUAUAUCUACAGUGAAAAGACAGAAGUUCCACAGAUUUGUGAAAAGUGAGUUAUGCCACCUUACUAAAUGCCUACAUCUGAGUGGGUUUGAUAGACCUUCCAUUUUUUUCUUGAGCUAAGAACCUUGAUUUCGCUGUGAUAUCUGAUACAGUUUGAAAUGAGUUUGCAGAACUGCAUAUUUUGCACUACACAAUGUUACAGUAUCAGCCCAAAUCCUUGUCUGUCUUUAUCUCAACUUGAUGUUGUAAUGCUCUCUUAUCCAGCUGUCUUCUGUAGCUCCAACUACUACAAAACUAUGCAGAACCCAUGCUUCAAGUACACAAACAAGAUCCUGCAAAACUCCUCUGUAUUUUUCACUGGGUUCCUGUUCAGGCUUGUAUAGAAUAAAAACUUGGAGUCAACUUGCAAAGUUGGCUCUUUGGAGGCAAAGAGGUACCUCCCAGACCUCCUAACUCAUUACACUACAAAAAGCCAUCUUUGUACUUUUGCUGAUACUCACCUCCUUUACAUUCCCAGAUUCAGGGCAAAAAAUCUGUUGUGAAUGCUUAUUUGCUUCUUAGCAUCAACUUGAUCGAACUCCUUUCCUUAUGGCAGGUGUGGGAAGCAUCAUUUGAUCCAGCCUGCCAAGGCGAUCGCAGAUUUCAGUAAAUCUAUAAGCUUUUUUUCAUAGCAACAUAAAUGCAUAUUAAGCGAAUAACUUAACAAAUUUUGAGGGCUAGCAAGGAAUGUCCAUGAUAGUUUGGGAUAGACAGAACACAUACAAAUGCAUGACAGGACAGACACGUAUUCUUCUCAUCGGUUGCCUACGGCCUAUAUGGAUGAUUUUAGAGACUUACACAUUCAUGUGACCUUUACCCCAGGCUGAGGGUAGACCACUUUCAGUUUGAUGCUGGCUGUUUAUAUGCAUACGACCACGUUGGCUCAUUCAAUAAAGAUAAUAAUAAAUGAUUAACAUUGCUGUGCACCUUAGUGUACAGUUUAGGCCUGCAAGAGUUCAACAUUAUUCUUUCAUGGAUUUCCAAAUGAUGAGCAAAUGAAAUAUCUUCAGCUGGUAAUAAUUCAUUUGAGUUCAUGAAUGUAUCGGUGCAUGUGGAAGCAAGUCUGGAUGCAUAGUAUGUGUGUAGAAAAUUUGUAAAUGCCAUGAACUCCCCAUCAGGAGGAGGUGUGUACUAAAUAACCAUGAUUAUUAUUAUUAAUGUGCUUUCACUGCACAAACACACAUAGCAAAUUCUGCAUUUUGUUAUUAUACACUCUAUUUCCUAUUGGAACUUUUAAAUUAUAAGCAUGUAUUUUACUGACUCCAAACAGUUGCUUCAUGAUGCUUUUCAUAGUGGCAGAGCAUAGUUUUCGUGCACCCAAUUACAAAAAGGUGGAUUGCAGUGACUCAGAGGACAGCAGUGCUUGGCAGGCUGAAAUUGUUUACAUUGCAAGUAGAUAAUUUUGUACGGUCUGUGAAUAUAUAAAUAUCAAACUGGCCCUUGGAGGGAAAAAGGUUCACCACCCAUGCUUUAUGGGAUAUGCUAUCAGCAGACAAUAGUCUUUGAAAAGUACAGUUAAAACACACUUGAUCAAGAAACAUGUUCCUUGCCACACAUUUCAAUCUGGCUAUUGUUCCAUAUCAUCUGUAGCUUUCAUUUUUUUUAAUUUAUUGUACAAUUUCUACCAUUCUUAUUGUUCAUAUACUUGACUAGUGCUCAGGGUAUCUUGUGGUAGAGAUACAGAUCUACAUUUAUUAUCAUCUCAAGCAAAUGAAAUAUGCAAUUUUUUCAGAUAAUAUUAAAGUUUAACAUCAGUGUCAGUACUGGUGGGAAAAAACUCAAAAUGAAUAAAAAGAUGCUCAAGAAGUAGAUAUGACAUGAAUUAAAAGCUGAAAAUCUC